AUCUGCAAUUUGCAUGGCAGCAUGCGAAGCAAAACAAAAACACGGGCUUUACUGAAAACAAAUUCUGCCCUAAAAUAACAAAAAUAUUAACGUAACAACGUCCUAGAAGUUGAAAUACUUUACAGUUAACUUCGUACAUCUUUCCAUCAGACUAAAAAAAUAUGCUGCUCACAUCGAGACUUGUCUGUCGAACCGGCUUCUUCAGGCAACCCACACAGCUAAAGCAGGUUGAUUAUUUGCUUCGUCUACAAACAAGAUUGGUCACCAGCAUUGAAGGAGAAACGGACAACCUUGAAGAUGAAAUAUUUUUCAAUUCAAUAAUUGGAGGCCACAAAUUUCGUCAGAGACAGAAGAAAAUUGAUAAGAUGAUCAAAGCGGAAUCGACUAAAAAAACAGCAGACAAAUUUUCCACUGGUGUCAGUCAAGCUUUCAUUUCUCCAGAAUGCAGAGCCAACUUGUUAGGAGAACAUUCUAUUCAAAGUGAACAAAUUGCGUUGGACGACACGAGUCGGCUCGUUGAAGAAAUAAAAUUCCUGCGACAGCAAAAGCUCGAAUAUUUCAAGACCCUCGAAACCAACCUGGAAGCAUCUUACCUUGAUUUCAUGAACUCGAGCAGCAGCAACCCUAACGUACCUGCCAGCAAUGUGCCCUGUGGAGGGUGUGGAGCUCCUCUUCACUGCCAAGACCCCAACUACCCUGGCUUCAUUCCUGCAGAAUGCUUUCGCGGCGUUUCCGUUCAUUAUCUCCGAGGACAGAUUUGCCAACGGUGCUACAACCUGAAGAAUUACAAAAAGGCUCUUCACGUGGACGUCUCUCCUGAGGACUAUCCUGAAAUACUGAAGCAAAUUAAAGACAAGCGUGCCUUGGUAAUGCUGGUCGUGGACUUGCUUGACUUCCCCUGCAGUAUUUGGCCACACCUGAGCGAAAUCAUUGGAAAGGACCGUCCAAUUUGUUUAGUUGGCAACAAAGUUGACCUUCUACCAAACGACGGAAAGUUUUUUUUGGAUAGAAUCAAAGACAGUCUGGUCCACGAGGUUUUCAAAGCCACCGAGAUCCGCAAAAACUGCAUCCGUCAUGUUGCCCUUGUUAGUGCCAAAACCGGAUUUGGAAUUGAACAAUUAAUCAAUAAACUACAUAGAAAUUGGAAAGUUCAAGGUGAUGUCUAUGUAGUUGGUUGUACUAAUGUGGGAAAGUCUUCCUUAUUCAACGCACUUCUUGACUCCGACUACUGCAAAGUUCAAGCGUCCGACAAAGUGCAGAGGGCAACCAUAUCAAACUUUCCAGGGACAACGCUGAACUUAUUAAAGUUUCCGAUUAUGCGGCCGAACCACAAAAUGCUUUACGAAAGGACAAUAAGAAUAAUUAAUGAAAGGAUUGAAGAAAAUCUAGAAACUCAUAAUCAAAAAGAGAUGCUGAGAGAAACUAGAGACCUCGAACAUGCAACACUGAGAGGCAAAGUUGGAAAAACUUAUGAAUUGAACACACUGGAAUUAGAUGAUCCUUUCAAGUUGCCAACCAGAAGACCUGCUGGUUUUGCCCCUGAGGCCGGCAUCGACCCCAACGAAGAUGCGUAUGCCUGUAGUCGGUGGUGCUAUGACACUCCAGGCGUUGUUUUUCCUGAACAAGUCAUAAAUAUUUUAACAACAGAGGAGUUGGAAAAAGUGAUUCCCAAAUCCAUCAUCUCACCCAGGUCAUUCUCCCUUAUGGCUGGCCAAACUUUAUUUUUAGCUGGACUAGGACGAGUCGACUACUUGGAAGGAAACUCUGAUCAAAUAAUUUUGACAAUCUUUUCGUCACCUCAUUUGCCCGUUACAAUUUGCAAUACAAGGAGUGCUGACCAAAUUUACAAGACCUAUCUUGGAUCUGAGGUUUUGCAAGUUCCGUUUGGCACAGAAGAAAGACUGUCAAUUUGGCCAGGGCUAAAACAGGGAUUGCGAUCAACGUUUACUGGUAUUGGAAGGAUGGAGAGUGUUGCCGAUGUACUUUUCUCUUCAGCUGGGUGGGCGAGUAUAACGAUACCAAAGGAAAGAGUGGCUGAGCUUGAGUUUUACACUCCAAUGGGCUUAGGGAUUCACGUGAGAAAGCCGUCAAUGCUUUGUUAUGCUGUGACUAGGAGAGGCAGGAGAAUCGAGCGCACUCCAACCUACGAAAAGUACAGGCCUGUUCUCUCGAAGUAGCCAAAAUAAAAAGUGUAGUCGUCA